GCGCGCGGUGGUGACGUAAGGGCGGCGCCGCUAAGGGAGGGGGAAGGGAGGGCCCGUGCGGGCAGCGGCUACGGGAAUGGAAGAGAGGGAGCGGCUGUGGCGGGAGAUCCAGCUGCUGCAGGGUCUCAUAAACAACCAUAAAAACACGCAUGGAAACGCGCCACGGCCGCUGCCAUCCGUGCCACAGAGAUGGAACAACCCCCGCCAGGCUGCCUUCAGUGGGAGGGGAGCCUUUUCAACCAGGUACCCCCAGCAGGCUCCCAGGGAUUUCCAGCUCCACCAUGGUCAUUCCUGGAGGAAGAAAUACUCCCUCGUCAACCGGCUGCCGGGAGCAGCGUUUCAUGUUGGAAGGGGUGGAAGCACCAGCACAUCUCAGGCUUUUGAAAGCCAUGGGGACAACCAAGCACUUGAGCCGCCGGAUUCCUCCCCAGAGAGGCACGUGGACUUAACCACGGAUGGAAACAUUGUGGUGGGGAUCCAGCUGCCCGAGCGGGCUGGUGCAUUUGUAGACACUGAAGGUUUUGAUGACAGGGGCUCUUAUUGUGAGUUUUCUGGGCUGCAAGCGAUGGACACUGCUCCAGAUGAUAGUAAAAACGUGCCGAGAAGACCCUCUCUCUCAGUUUCCUUUAGUUCCUCUCACCGUUUUGUGAGUUCAGCGUACGUUAAUGUGUCGGAUACGCCUCGAACGGUGCGUCUGGCUGGGAGCUCUGUUGCCUUUGCUGGAAACACCGGUGAAAGUGCCAUGAUGGUGAAAUCAGAGCCACAGGAGCCUUUGGAUCAUGAGCCAGCUUGGCAUUUGGUGCAGAUUAAGGCAGAGCCGGCAGCUCCGGGGCUGCCUGGUUGUGAGCAAAUCAGGGAUGUAGUCAGAGAGCCGAAGCUCUUUGGAAGUGGUGAUAUGAGCUCUAGACCUUCUCAGGCCACGACUUUGGUGGCGGAGAUCUCUCCAAUAAAGAGCAGGUUUUCCAUAGUCCCCAAAGCUGCUGGUGUCCAAAGAGCUUCCUCAACACCGCUCUCCAGCAAAACUCCCAAGUUCAGGAAAACCAAUUACACGUGGGUUGCAAAUCCUGCUAAGUGCUCUCGUGCCAUGAAGAGAUGGACCAGCCCUCGAGCUUCUGAAGGCGUUAAGAAGGUCGCUGGUGGAGAGGACAGAGGGGCUAAACUAUCACCGAAAGUGGAUUUGGGAACAAAGCUGAAGAAAUCAGGGUUGCAAUCCAAACCAGGUGUUUCUCCCAGCAAAUAUAAGUGGAAAGCCUCCAGCCUGCAGACCUCACCUUCCACUUCCAAAUCGACGUUCAGGUGGCGAUCUGAGGAUCAGAAGAAGCCUCUGGUCCCUAACCUGCCCCGAGCUGGUGCCUCACUGCCUCUGAGUGCUGCACCUGUUGCUGUCGGUGGGAUGAAGUCCUUUGGUGAUGCCACAUUCUCUGGUUAUAAAGUAAAGAGUCGGACAAAAAUCAUCAAGAGGAAAGGAACCUCAGGUUCCCCAACAGAGAAGAAGAACAGCUCCUCAUCCACCACACCCCUGAAAAGCCACUUCCAGCUCAGGAAGAAAAACUCCUCGCGGGGGAAACCUUCUGCAACACCGAAACGUUCUUCUCCCAAGGGCCUGGUGCAGAUCAGCAAGCACAGGCUCUGCAGGCUGCCGGUCUCCACCAAGGAAGGAGCCAGCGUGCACUUCAUGAAGAGUCCCCCAGCCAACAAGGUGAUAAAGACGCGCUACAGGAUAGUGAAGAAGAACGUGGUUUCUCCAACUGGGUCCUUAUCAUCCUUCACCAGCCACAUCCCCAACUGGAAGACGAGGCGCUCCAUGACAUCCAGGUCCCUGCUAUUAAACCAAGCGCGCCCAUCACCUCAAGGUAGCAAAUCCCAGCACGUGCAACAGAGAUGGAAGAGCAAAGGCCUUCGCUGCAUCGGUGGAGUGAUGUACCAAGUGUCAGCCAAUAAACUCUCCAAGACCAGCACUCCUAUCCGGGGGAGAGACCUGAGCACCAAGAGCCCCGGCAGAGCAGCGAGGUUGCUCUGCACGCCCAGUCCUGGCUUCUCUCCAUCCACUAGCCUCAACAGAUCAGCUACGAGCCGAUACAUCGCCAGCCGUGCUGUUCAGCGGAGUUUGGCCAUCAUUCGUCAAGCCAAGCAGAAGAAGAAGAAGAAGGAAUAUUGUAUGUACUACAACCGCUUCGGCAAGUGUAAUCGUGGAGAGAACUGCCCCUACAUCCAUGAUCCAGAGAAGGUGGCCGUCUGCACCAGGUUUCUCCGUGGCACAUGCAAGAAAACAGAUGGGACCUGUUCCUUUUCCCACAAGGUGUCCAAAGACAAGAUGCCGGUGUGCUCCUACUUCUUGAAGGGGAUCUGCAGCAACAGCAACUGCCCCUACAGCCACGUCUACGUGUCCAGAAAGGCAGAAGUCUGUCAGGAUUUCCUCAAAGGCUAUUGCCCCAGGGGAGAAAAGUGCAAGAAGAAGCACACUUUGGUUUGCCCCGACUUUGCCAAGAAAGGCGUCUGCCCCAGAGGUGCCCAGUGCAAGCUGCUGCACCCCCGGAAGAAGCACCACCCAGGAAAGGCAGAAGAUGGGGACCACAGUGAUCCCCCUUCCAAGCGGAAACAAGUCUGGGAGGAGGCAGGCAGGGAUGAUCCAACCCAACUUUGCAAUGAUGGGGAGAUGCCUGGACCAUCCAGUGCAGAGGAAGAAGAGAAGUUCUGGAAGAAAGCAAACACCUCGCCAACCAGUUGGCUGCGAAAGCUGCCAUCCUUCAUCUCCCUCCAGUCCUCAGUGUCUCCCGAUGACCAGAGCUGCAGAGAAGAGAAGGACGAGGACGAGUUGGAGGAUGAGCCAGUCAGCAAACGGAAGAGGACGUUGCCACCAGACUUGGAAAACACCCAUCCUGACGAGGGUGGCAGAGGAAAACAGCUGCAGAUCAAGCCCCGUCUAUGAGCGAGACCCAACCCUGUGGCAGCCGAAGAGCUCAGGAACCACAGAGCCGGACACAACCCGGCACCUACCUCAGGACACCGCAGCUGGAUGCGGCAACCCCUUCUCAUCUUGUUUUUCCGGGAUGUCAUUUUGGCAAGGAGCCGGGUGACCUCAUGGAGAAGUGCCACCCAUUCCACAGGGAAAUGGCUUUGUUUGAAAUGUUUUCAUUUGCCAAUAAAUUUUCUUUUCAGCUGGUUUAUUGAAGGCGAGCUCGGCCACCAGGUUCCUUGGAUGCUUGUGGGACUGGGAAGAGGCUCCCAUUCCCGCUGGUCCUCCUGCAGCUCCGUUGCUGUCCCAGACAUGAGGUGACACGGGGACCUGAGGAGCUUAAUGCCAUCAUGUGACGUGCCCACAUCCAGGUCAGCCACAGUACUGGGGACAAACAUGGUCACAGGUCACCAUGCUGGGAGGUAACAGGGUGUGAAGUCGCCACACGGCUCAGCCCUGACCUCUCCAUGCCAAAAGACCAAUUGCAUCCAUUCUGCUCCAUUCCCCUGGUUUUGGGAGGAGAUUCCUUGGAGCAGAGCCGUGUGUGAGGAGCAUCUCUAGUGGAAACGUGUGCUGGGAGCAGCGCUGAGCUCCUGCAGCUCAUUGAGGUCUCCCAUGGCUGUCUGCACCCUGACCCCGACCUCUCCGCAUUCCACAGGGGUUUGGUCGCCCUUGGGACACCCAGACCAGCUCUUUCAAGGUCUUUUGGAGUCCCUACAAAUCCAAGCAAAGAACAAAACAUGGGGGAGGGGAGUGUUGUGCCGAGCCUAGAACUGUCACCUGUGCUGCUGCUGGCAUGAUGGGUUUUUACAUCCAUAGGUACAUUCCCACAGGGAUUUUGGGAUGGUGGAUGCUCUUCCUCUGCAUGGAUGAGAUUUUGGGGACAGCUGUAGGACCUCUCCUUGCUAAGCAAUGCUGAGAGCUGGGAGCGGCCAUGCAGGGUGGCCGUAUUUACCCAUCUCCUGCCCUCAGUCAUCUUCAGGCAAAGCCCUGGAGGGAAAAGGCAUCAGCAGGGAUGUGGACAAGUGCAGGGGCUCCUUGAGGACCCAGUCUGCAGCUGUGGUUGGUGAUGGGGUGGGCAGUGGAGCCACCACGAAGUUGUAGGCUCAGCUGUGCUGGAGCUCCAUCAAGGAGCUGACGGCUGCAGUUUCACCCAUGGGUGAGCACACCCCGUGGAAGGGUCUUGUGAUCCACCCACAUCUACAAGAUGAGGUUCUUACCCUUGCCCAGCUCAAGGUGGAGGAUUCAUGGCUUGGUGACUCUAGGCCAUGGCAUUGCCACCAACAGCGCAAUGUCAUUGAUGCCUGUCGCCUCCCUGGGUUCCUAUUUAAGGAUGCUGAACUGGCAGUUGCGGGGCUUUAGUGUCACUUGGAGACCAGUUUGAGGUGGCAUCUCCCCAGCCAUUGCAGGGACCAGUGGGUCCUGCCGGAGCUGCACUCAUUUUUUUUUU